GCUGUCUGUCAGCUGAGACAGUUAGUCUCGGUUUGAACUCACUCUGCGCAGGAGGAGCACAUCAGGCAAUGCUUUGAAGAACAACGCCACAUGACGAAGUGUCAAAUUUACCUAAAAGCAAAUUCCUUUCUGUGGAGUGGAACUGAAUAUAUGAAAAGGAUCUCUUUGCUUCAAUGUGUGUGACAGAGGAGUCUGGUGUUUUUCACUGUCAAACACGUACCAGAUGACCAUCCUUGUGUCAACCCUGAUUCAGAGCAAAGCUAAGGUAGUUGCAGGUAAAGUGUCUGUGUGUGCUUAUGUUCCUGAGCUUCCCUCUGAAUAUGGCUGAGGUCCCUGGUCCAUGCAGACACUCCAUCACUAGGGAGCACCUGCUUACAGUCAGGCAUCUGAUGGAUAACCAGUUGAGAAGUGGGUGCUCGAUAACCUACACAUUCAUAGAACGGAGAAGUUUGAGCAAGUGUUGCUUUGUAAAAGCUGCUUUACCCUGGAUCCUGGAGCUCCUCACCACCCACUUCAAAUAUAGCCGGGGUUCAGUCAAUGAUGGCUAUGUUCAGUCCCUGAGAGCUCUCAUCCUCAACAUCUAUUCUCAGAAAUGUGUGCCACAGAUUAAUGAGGAGGUCGAGGAUAAGCCAGAGAGUUUUGAGACGCUCUACAGAGGGUCUCCUACAGAGGCACUACAGAGGGCUUCAGAGGUGCUGUCUGUUUACUGGGAGCUGGUCACGACCAGCGACGCACCAGUAGACUGGAGAUGCCAGCACGAAUACACAGAAGCCUUUGGCUCCACCACAGAGCUAUCCACAGAGUCACCCUCACAUUUUACAGACAGUUAUGGUAGGAAGUCAGUGAAGGCCUCUCAGAGACGACCAGUCAGAGACCUGUACAAGCUUGGCUUCAUCAUCGCCUCCAUCUGCGGAGGACUGCUGUUCAUACUUACUCUCUACUGUCUCAUCACACAAAAGAGAACUCAUGACCCUCACAGAUCAAGAUCUGACACAAACUCAAGCAGAGAGCUGCAGGACAUGGAGAUGGAACCACAAUAAUGGUUUUUCUCCUCCCCUCAGGUGGUAAAGAGCACAUGACUGCAGCAGCAGAUGGAACACUUGUGAAGCUGUACAUUUUAUCCAUCAUGAACAAGUUUUCAUAUCAGUAUUGUGUGUGUAAUGUAUCAUGCUCAUCUAUUUAAUCGGAAGCUUCGCUUUGACUGAAAGCAAAGAUGGACCUUAUUUGGAAUAAUGUGCUAUGUAUAUUAUGUUUAUGCGUUAUCAUUUGCAAAUAUCUUUUCAAGUUCACAAAAAAGUUUUAUUUUUACACUAGUUACAAAUGUUGAAUAGCCUAAUAUGUCUCAAUUUGCUGCCACUUAACCAACUGUUUAUAAUGUUGUUUGCCAAACAUUUCCACAACUUAUUUAUUAGUUUGACUCUAUUCAGUCACUGUAUUGAUAAUAAAAGUUAACCAUAAAUACUAAAUCCAAAAUAUAAUGCUCUCCAGCUGUUCAGCUACCAAUGCAUUCAUAUAUAAACACAAUCUAAAGAACAGGUAACAGCCUAAUUAAAGGGUUUAGGCUACUUUAUAACCUACAUCCUGUUUGACUUAACACUUUAUGAGGAAUCAAAAAUGCUUUUAUCCUUGCCAAUAUGGUCUUUCCCAGUUCCCACUGCUUUGGAAAGUGGUUUAAUUCCCUUCAUAAUCAGCCUACACUGAUAAUCAAUACACAGUCUUCAUGGAGCCAACUGUGAAAAGUUAUGGCCAAAGUUUUAUUGCAAAACAGUAUGAAUAGUUUCAACAUGAACUCUGGAGAAUAUUCUGUUAUUGGUCAAACACACUGGGCUGUUGUUACUGGCAGAGAGAGAGGAGAGAGAAACGAUCAUGAUUGAUGCACACCAGCCACUGCUGCAGCUGAAAGAAAUGUCUUAACUGCGCAGGGCCUGACAGGAUUUGGUUUGCUACUACAGUUUACACAAAUGCAUGCAUGACAUUUAAUCAUUAAUGUGUGGCAGUGGUAAGCAACAGGAUAAUACAGAGAGAGAGGGAAGGCGGGGCAUGUGUAUUCCCUAAUACCGUCAUGCCUUUUACUCGUGUUUACUCACUGAUGGCCCAGCCUGAUGUUUUGUAAUAAUAAAUUGCAUAACGUCUGAGUCUGAGAUAAAUUGGACAAUUCCCCACAAAGUGAAACAAUUGUAUGCGUCCCAGAGAGGACCACAUCAGUAAACUCUGUCAAAAGAUUCCCACAUAUGAUCACGUACAUGUGUGCUGGCCUCUAUUUUGUUUCUGAAGAAUCUGCGUAAGAAGCGGAGGAGAAAAAAAAAAACAGCCCCGCUCCACAGCCUCUGCAGAACCAUGCACAGCCUGCAAUAUAACAUGAUCUAUAACACACUUCAUUUCACAGGCUACCGCUUAUCAGUGCGCAAACCAUCAUUGCACCACCAGCAAUCCAUUCUUUAUCCCAAGACAUUGCUCCAUUACAAAACAAGGAAAGUAUUUCUAUAAUUCAAUUUAGUGCCUUUCUGCAGAGGAUUAAAGGCAGCUGUGGAAGAUGAAAAGGCAAGUUGUCUUCAACAAUAAAUAUGUGGGAACUGCCUAAGACCAGUUUGAAUUGUCAAGAGGGCUGCCGCCUUUUUCUCUCUCCCAACCUCUCUGCCUCUCUUACCUUCAAAUUAGAGGAAACAGAACAUGUUGUUGGAGCUAAAAAUACAUCACUGUCAACAGUUAGAGAGACAAAUAACUCUGGAAAUUGUUCGCCCCCCCCCAGAUGUAAUAAUAGGUACAAAGUGGCAAAUUCCUAGAUGAAAAAAAAAUCACUUUACACUUUGCGUAAAAAUGUGUAAUUCAUAGCUCUCUGUCUGGGUGGAUAUAAACUGAAUCAUGUCGAUUCACAGGUCAAAAAUCUGGAUUCUUAGCUUACUGACUCACUCUGUCUGUGAAGUACACAUUUUAAUGACACAUACAAUAUAAAACACAUUGGCUCAGAAUUUACAACUUACAAGAAUCUUUCAAAAGUGAAGUUUAAGUUACUGAAACACACCUACCAAAAAACUAAAACAUUAUAGAGCAGUUAAUACAGUAAUAACAGACUUGAAACCAACAAAUGAUUAGCUUUUAGAUAGAGCCUUAUCUGAAGAAGGAAUACAUAUUUUUUCAUCAGUUAUAGACACAAACACCCAAUGUUAAAUAAUGUAAUGUAAUGUUAAAUGUUGCUGGAAAAUUAUGAACAGUCUUUAAAGUAAAAAUAUUCUAAAGAUGUAACAACAACCAGUAAACCCAUUAUUAAGUGAAUACACUGACUGCAUGUUAAAAAGUGACCUAGCCAAAUAAUAAUAAUGAAAAUUUUCACUGCCCAUCUUACUGUUUUAUCACCUGGUACCACAUGGUGGAGGCAAAGAUCCAAACUGAAUCUCACAGUGAUGACAGUGUUGUUUUAUACAGGUUAUAUUUUGCCAGACAUGACACAAGCAGAACUUGUUGUCAACAGCUACAACUUAUUAAGAGUUUGAGUAUUAUUUUGCCAGAAUACUGCAACUGAUAAUCUAAUUGGUCUGUUGAAAGGAUGUCAUCCAUUGCUCUUUGUCAUCCAUAUGCCUGUCAUCUGGAUACAUGAUUAUACAUCUGUGGUAUUUCCCGUUUAUUAGUACUGGAACUGUUUAAUCAUUUGGAAUAAUAAUAGUAGCUCUUGAAACAGUUUAACAAAACAUCAUCUUGCAAAGUUUUGCUAGUGAGGACAGUAAGUGACAUAAGGUAAAAAUAGGGACAGGUGACAAGAAGCAGGGGUGUUACAGAAGGAGCAAAAACCCUGAGUGAGCU